AUGGUAGCAAGUUGCAAAGAUCAGUUGAAGCAGGUUGCCAUAUGCCUUCAGAGGUCUCCAUGUGUGAUGAUUGAGAGGAAUACUCCAAAAGAUUGCAUUACAGACCCUGUCAAGGCAAAAGAUCUACCAGAACUUUGCAAAGCCCAAUUGUCAACCUUUUUAGAAUGCAAGAGAGGUAUUGUUGACAUGCGGAAGCGGAUAAGGGGAAAUGCACCGUUAAGUACUGGAAAGUACGAUGAACAAUACGAGAAGCUUAGCACUGGUGAUUUUGAUCCAAGGGAAGAAAUGCAAAAAUUGGACAGUUUGAACACUCAUAAUGAAAGAUAG